CCUCAUCAAAGAUAUCCAAAAUCAUUAGAAGAAAAGGAGAUUAAUUCUUUCCUAAAUUCGAAAAACAAGAUGAAUAGGGAAAAAAAAUUUAGAAUUCAAGAGCCUCCUGUAAUAUCCCCAACAUCUUCUGAAGAGGAAAGCUCAACGUUCGAAGCAUCAAACGUUCACAACUCACUCAGGAUAGAAAAAGAAAACCAGAAUGAAACAAGUAUGGAAUAUUCAGUAAACAUUGUUUCUGACAUUGCAUAUGAGGAUCAAGUUGAAGACUAUAAAGCUAUGAAAAAUAUCGAUGAACAAUCAGCUAGAACAUUGGUGUAUAACGAAAUUAAAUUGCUUCUUCUCGACAUUACUGAUGUAAAAUUACACACUAUUUAUGUGGAUGAGGAUAGAUAA